UUGCAAUGCGUAAACAUAGCGAACGGACCGGUACGUGGUAAAAAGUGUUGCAAGAAGAAAUGCUUCAUUUGGCGGUGGGAUGGUGAUUUCGGCAAUGUGCGUAAUAUUUUUGGCAUUCCAUCCUCAACACAUGCAUUCCUCAAAAACCUCAGCCACGCAUUACCGUACUGCUCACUGUCAUUCAUCACUGAUGUUUCAUCUUCCUUUAAAAACAACAAGGCCGUGCUGAAACAAAAAAUGUUCAAAGCACCGAAAACGGGCAUUUUGUUUUACCUGCUGCACAUCACACACGUGCUCGCGCACAGAACAUCGUUUAUCUUCUUCAACACGUCGUUCUUCAUCUACAACUACCGGCGAAUCACCGGUAGCAUAUCGUACCCCACCAUUUUUUCGUUCAUGGUGCCGAGCCUGGUAUACCAUGUCGUUGAACUGUGCUUUAUACACCGGUGCAGGACGAACAGGCCGCUUGAGGUGCUCGAGUACGUUGCAUUUCUGUGCGUGUUCAUGAUGUGUGUGAGCCGCUUCGUGGACUGUCUUUUCGAGAAGAGCCCGUACAUUUUCAUUGUGCUCGUGUCCAUCCAAAACGUUCUUUCAGCCCGUAUCGGGCUGUUCUACGACUAUUCGCUGUACGAGCAGUGCUUCAACGAGAGCGUGUUCUACCACAGAGUACUGCUCAUGGUGUUUGAGGAGGCACCUGUUUACCUCUCGGCACUGUUCAUGACGUACAUAACGGGCGUAAAGUCUUUUCAGCCAUACUAUCACCUGUGCAUCCUGCUGUACGUCGUGGCAGGUGCUAUCCAAUGCGUGAUACUCCUCAGGAAAGAAAGAAUGGUGGUGAGCGUGCACGAGAACAAGCCAAGCAAACGCAACGUGCCCCUGUUCGUGCUGUGCCUGCUGUGCAAGACAAACGAAAUAUUUCUGUUUCUUGUGCUUACAGCACGCACCGAGAACAUCUCAACCGUGGUGUUCUACUUUUCAAUCGAUUUUCUGUUCCGGUUGCUGCCCUUCAAAAUGCCGAAUAAUGUGUUCGCCUACCUUUCGAAGGUGCUCAUCGUGGCACUCACCUUCUACUGCAUCAUUGACCAGCAGUUCUUCCACAUCUACCUGUCGCUUGUUCUGUUCUUUGCGAACGGCUUUUCCAAUCAAAUGGUGUACAACGCGGUGGAUAACACUCUGAUGGAGCAAUCAUUGGGCGAUUUUAUCGUUUUUAUGCUGGUGUCCGUCUUUUUACCGUUCUUUGCCAAGAAAUAUUCGCUGAGGGAUUUUAUCUUCUUUAACGCUGUCAGGCUUUGAUCCUGGGACACGGAUGAACUAACAAUGGGUGAGAUGGCUGGAAAUGAUGAGUCUUGGUUUGGACGGAAGGUGACGGUGAUAAUACGGUGAAAUGUGUAGUAGUGGGCGUGAAAGGAGAAUGAGAGAAGGAACGGAUAGGGAAUGAGAGAAGGAACGGAUAGGGAGUAAGAGAAGGAGC